AUGCUCAGCAGCAAAGCAGCCGUCAUCCGUAGGAUAUCUAAGACGACUGGAGUGAUGAUCACACAGUAUGUGGUAAACCUGCCAGAGGGAAAAACAACCCCAGAUUUCCAGUGUAUACCAGCUCCAGUAAGCAUCCAGGAAGGAAAAUUAGCUGUUUUUAAGGCGGUGGUAAAGGGGGAUCCAAAACCAGAGGUGUCAUGGAGAAGAGCUAAAGGCCAUACUUUUGACAAAGACAAAUUUCAAAGUAAAUAUGAUGAAUCAACUGGGGAGCACAUAUUAGAGAUUCGCAGAGUGUGUGCUGAUGACACUGACACAUUCAAAUGCUAUGCUGUGAACGAAUAUGGUAAAGCUGUCUGCACGACAACAUUAACUGUGCAUGAUGCUUCAACAAAUCCAUCAGAUUUCAGAAAAUUGCUGAGGAAAAGUAAAGUGGAGAGAGCAGAUGGGGAAACUGAUGAAAGAUUCUGGGAAGCCAUGCUGAAAGCUGACAGGAAAGACUAUGGGCACAUCUGUAGUGAGUUUGGUGUAGACUUGCAUUUGAUUCUCAAAAAACUGGACGAGAAGAAGAAGGAGAGAAUGCAAAAUAAGUGUAAGGAUGGUGUGAUUCCCUAUCAUGAAGACACAACAGAGAAACACAGUUUUAAAAGUGUUGAGAGGAUGAAGGAUUUCAGUAUUAAGGGCCAGAUUCAAAAGGACACAGAGCUGAAUCAGAUGGAUGUCGAAAGGGUCCACCUCCUCCACACAGGGCUGAAUGAGACAGAUGAUGAAGAAGUCAACCUCCUCCCUACAGAGAUUAAAUUGUCAAAUGUGGACUUUGUUAUCAAAAUUCAGGAGAUUAAAGCACAAGAAAGAGAGGACGCCCUCUUUGAGUGUGUCUUGACACACCCACUACCCAGGAUCACAUGGAUGGGCAAGGGCAGCACUCUGGAGGAUGGAGAAAAAUACAGCAUAACCGUGUCAGACCAUAAACUAAUCCAUAGACUGUUGAUCAGAAACUGCAAGCAGUUGGACAAAGGCAUCUAUUCAGCUGUGGCUGGCAUUACAUCCUGCAGUGCCUGGUUGGUUGUGGAAGAUGAGGGUGACCCCACAUCUGCUGGUAAGAAGAAGCCUCGUAAAACUACUUCGGCCAGUGGAGCACAGAUCGAACUUGAGAAAGUGGCCAAACAGCAACAAAUAAAAUACCGAGAGGAGAUGGAGAUGAUUUUAGCAGUCGUAAAAACAAAGCACGAAGCAGGAGAACUCAAAGGAGAAAAGACAUUAACCACUGGUGGAAGAGCUGGUGAAAUAACUGCAGUCACCGGACUGGGUGAAAAUGCUGGAGCAGUGAAGGAUGAGCCUGAUGCCAGUGUCCUGUCUAAGCCAACAGAGAGCAAAGAGAAAGCAAAGCUUAAAAACUCAAGAGGAGAUGGCACAGUUUCAAAAUUAGAUGUUUCAGGGUGUGUAACAAAAACAGAAGUGCAAGUGAUAGCAGAUGACUCCAAGAACAAGAAACACACCAAAUCUGGACAAGUGGAUUUUGACAAGGUAACAGAUCCAAAUGAACCAGCAAGUAACAAUGAAGCAAGGGACCGUGAAGCAAGGGACAGUGAAGGAAAUGAGGACUCUACUGUCCAGGUCACAAGUUGUUCAAAGCAAAGCCAGCAGCCACAGGAAGCAGUCAAUGAUCCAGAAGUCCAAUUCAUAUGUGGAUUGUGUGAUGUCAAUGCUAUCAUCAAUGAGACAGCUGAAUUAACAUGCAAGCUCAGCAGGGAAGACUGUGAAGGAGCUUGGUUCAGAGACGGCAAAAAGAUAUCGCCAGAUGACAAUUUCACUAUCACUAAAGAUGGUGCAAUCCAUAGAUUAGCCAUAAUCAGGUGCACUGAAGAGCACUCUGGGAAAUAUCGUUUUGAAGCAGAUGGUCGUAAAACAGAGGCGAUGAUCAACGUCAAAGAUCCCCCUAGGUUUGACCCUGAAGAUCUCAGUGCAUUCACUGAACCUGUUACAGUUAAAGUUGGGCACAACGCCAUCUUUAAACUGCAUUUUGUUGGCCAUGAACCCAUAAAGAUUCAGUGGUACAGAGAGGGAGAAGAACUCCACGAUGACAGCAACACACGGAUAGAGAAAUCUGCAAAUCACAGCCGCUUGCUCCUUAGCAGGUGCCAGAGGAAGGACACAGGAGAGAUCAAGAUCAAGCUCAAGAAUGAACACGGAUUCACUGAGGCAAUUUCACAGCUAAUUGUGCUUGACAAACCCACUUCACCCCUGGGUCCUGCAGAAGUAACAGAGAGCUCAGCUACAUGUAUUGAAUUUAGGUGGAGGCCUCCAAAGGAUGAUGGUGGCUCACCAGUGAUAAACUACAUAAUAGAGCGUCAGCAAGUGGGACGAAACACCUGGAAGAAAAUAGGUGAAAUCCCAGGUGUGCCCAGUUACCGGGAUACAGACGUGGACCGUGGCCGGAAAUAUUGUUACCGUAUCCGAGCAGUGACUGUGGAGGGUACAAGUGAAGUGAUGGAGACUGAUGACAUGCAAGCUGGCACCCUAGCUUUUCCUGGCCCUCCAGCUCCCCCAGAGGUGAGCAGCGCCUAUGACGACUGCAUUAACCUUUCCUGGGCUCCCCCAAGUAAAACAGGAGGUUCACGUAUCCUGGGCUAUAUUUUGGAGAGACGAAAAAAGGGGAGUAAUCUCUGGACUGUUGUCAAUGCCAUGGAUGAGCCAAUAAAAGAGAAAAAAUAUGCAGUGAAGGAUGUUGUGGCAGGUAUGGCAUAUGAAUUCAGAGUUACUGCCAUAAACCUCUCAGGAGCUGGUGAAUUCAGUGACCCCUCAGAGUUUGUUUUUGCGCGGGAUCCCAAGAAGCCUCCUGGUAAAGUUACAGGCCUGAAGCUCACAGAAACUUCUUACACCCACUUGGUCCUGACUUGGACGAAACCUGAGGACAAACCAGGGGUACAGGAUGAAGCAAAGGGAUAUUUUGUUGAAAUUCGGCAGGCAGAUUGUAUUGACUGGUCCCGCUGUAACAGCACUCCCAUUAUUAUGACGUCCUUCAGUGUGAAAGGCCUUAAGUCCAUGAACAUGUACUGGGUGAGAGUGAUUGCGACUAAUGAUGGAGGAGAGAGCGCACCUGAGGAGCUGGCCAACUAUGUCCUUGCUAUGCCCUCACCUGUGAGGCCAAAGUUCACAAACCACAGGAUGAAGAGUUUUAUGGUGGUGAGGGCAGGAAACUCUGUCAGGAUCACAGUAAAUUUUGAGGCCUCCCCACGGCCAGAUAUUAUGUGGCUAAAGGACAAUGUGCCAGUGACAAAGCAAGCUACAAUAAGUAACUCUGAUGGCUCAUCCCAGCUGCUGAUCCCCUCCUCUGAGCGCUCUGAUUCUGGCAUCUACUCUAUUCUGGUGAAAAAUCUUGCAGGUCAAGAGACAUUCAGUACAGAGGUCAGGGUCACAGAUGAUCCAAAGCCUCCUGGACCGGUAGAACUGGAGGAAAACGUGCCUGGCACAGUGACAGUGAUCUGGGAACCUUCUCCUGAUGAGAAGCGUGAUGACCACCUCCACUACAUAGUGUCCAAACUGGACUCUACUAAACGUACAUGGACCACAGUGGCUGACAGGCUCUUCAAUAAUAAGUUCACAGUCUGCAAUAUCAUGCACGGGAGGGAAUACCAUUUCAGGAUCUAUGCCAAAAAUGACAUUGGCAUAUCUGCACCCUCGGAGUCACCGACCUGGGGGAUGGAGAAGAAGAAAGAAAAGUUUGCGGUAAAUGUACCGAAUGGAAAGGACUGUGAUUUGCGAUGUGCUCCAACUUUCAUUGUACCUCUGAAGCUUCACACUGCACCCAAAGGCUAUGAAUGCUAUAUGAGCUGUGCAGUGAAGGGAAAUCCCAAACCUCGUAUCACGUGGUAUCGAAAUCACAUCAGUCUCAACACUAAUACCAACUAUUACAUCUCCAACACCUUCGGAGUUUGCUCCAUGUUAAUCCUCCACGUGGGCCCCAAAGACAUGGGAGACUACACCAUCACUGCAGAGAACGCCCUGGGACGGGCUGAAUGCUCCACCGUCCUCAGCGUCAGAGGUGAGAAACAAACACACCUGCAUUUUAAGGAUGGGUGAGAAAAAAAGCAUACAAAUGAUGUUAAAUCAUUUUUUCUCUAUUCCAUAUAGAGUGA